GUGAGGUGUGGUCGCACGCCAACGACGAGUCGUGUAAGUUUCGUCAGUUCGGUUGGCGCUGCACGACUACCGAGAGUGCCUAUAGCACGCGCACGCUCAUCGGAAACUGGAGCGAACACCGCUACGACCUGUCGCUGCUCAGGGAGACUCGACCCAUCCUGUCACCUUACGCUCACAACUUUCAGACGACUAGUCGAGAGGCACACACGUUCCCCGGGCACCAGCCAGAACUAGACAAUGCUGUUACGAAGGCAGCCUAUAACAGCUUUGAAACAGAGUCGAGAGCUACUUUCAUACAAACCGAAGCCGGACAGGAAUAG